AUGUCCGAUUGUGAGCCUGAGGGAUACGCGCUGCACGACCGUCUAAAGCGCCUCAUCCAACCAAAGUCUACGGCCCAAAGCGCGGCCAAGCCUGUCGAAUGGGUAGCGGCUCAGGCGCGUUACUACCUGGACGCGCUGCCUCCGGAUGUGGUUUUAGAGGUCAGCCUAUAA